AUGGCUGUUCAAGCGCAAAAUUGGUUUGAGAAUAUGGGUUUUAACCCAUUUGUCAUGUGUGGUUCACAGGAUUGGGUUAUGGGGAAUGAUGAUGGUUGUUCAUAUUUCCAAGAACAGAGGAAGAAGAUUCAUCAAGUUCUUGAUUCUUGUGAUAAUCAAGCUUCUCCAUCCCCUUCUCUGCCUAUGGAGUUUCUGCAAUCUUUAUCAUCUGAUCUUCAGAAUCAACACCUGGAAAUGGAUUUGUUGCUUCAGUUAGAGAAUCAGAGAUUGAGGAGGUCAGUUAUGCAAGAAGAAACAAGGCAACGAGCACUUCUACUCCAUAAAUAUGAAUCAAGAAUUAAGUCUCUGAUACUCCAAAAAGAUGAAGAAUUGGCUAUGGCAAGAAACAAGACAACAGAACUCCUAGAUUUUUUGAAAAGAGCGGAAAUGGAGGCCAAAAUCUGGAAGGAAAAGGCCAUAGAAAAUGAAGCCACCGUCUUUAACCUCAACAACAGGCUGAAUCAAGUCAGAGAAAAAGACUAUUUGAUGUUCAAUACUGGAGUCGAAGAUGCAGUUUCAUUUUGUGGUUCUUCAAGCAUAAAAAACAGUAUUCAAGAGGGAAAAGAAUCUGAAGAUCAGAAGAAAAAGAUGGCUUGUAAAUUGUGCCAAGUUAAAAACUCCUGUGUAGUUUUCUUUCCUUGCAGGCACCUCUGCAGCUGCAAAUCUUGUGAAACAGUUUUAGGUUUGUGUCCAGUCUGUGAAUCUGUAAAAGAAGCAAGCCUAGAAGUUCUCUUUUUGUGA